AUGAGUGCGUUCUCUACCAAGGACGGCUCUAGCACUCGACACGAGAGGAGGACAGACGUCAGUGGAGGCUGUACCAUGCAGGUGUGCGGCGCGCUGAUGCCAGCGAGACAGCCAUGUGGCCUGGACGCAGAAGACGCGUCGGUGCUCGUGGAGAUCAAAAACCUCGAGCUUAACCGCCCAACGUGUCCAUAUCCCCCGCAGCAGCUCGCGCCGUCCUCUCUCCGCCUCCCCAGCAUGCUGUCAUCGUGGAAGCUCUGUGAUGUCGCCAAGCGAUGUCUAGCUCCGCACGCCAACACGGACAAGAUCCAAUACACAGAUAGUGUUGAUGGCGCAGCUGCUCUACUGAGCCUGUUGCGCACCGUGCUGCUGGGAGGGGGGAAGCUGCUGCUGCAGCCUGGAGGAGGAGUGACAUCGUCGUCUUCAGCUUCUGGCGGUUCUGUCUCCUGCAGUCUGAUAGAGAGCUCCUACAAGGUGGUCCUGGAGCAGCUGGUGGGUCUGGAUCCUCCGGCAGCAAAGGUCAGUGAGGAGGAGGACGAUGAGGAGAGCCAGGCGGUGCUGCAGCGCCCCCUGGAGAUCUGCCUGAAGCACAGCACCGUCGACACUCCGGACGCCUCCGCCUGCCCUCUGGUCCGACCGCAGCCCGGCGUGGCGGCGCUGCACGAGUACGCCGAGUGGAUCACCGAACUGAACGACAAGCAGGGAGACGUUGAUCCCCUCCUAGGUUACUGGUCUGAGGUCUGGACCCUGUGCGAGGCCCUGUGGGGCCGGUUGGGCCCCGCAGAUCAGGAGCCGGACAUGGAGAUGCCCGGCGAGUACGAGCAGCAGCUGGAGAGGAGGAGGACCUUCUCAGCCUGGCUGUCCCGCGGGGCCACCUGCAGGGUGGAGGAGGAGGUGGCGCUGGCGGGGAAGGGCCGCCACACGGAGGCCAUCUUCAGCUACCUGACGGGCAACCGCAUCAGCGAGGCUUGUCGGCUCGCACAGAAGGAAGGAGACCACCGUCUGUCCCUGCUGCUGUCUCAGGCCAUGGGCUCUCAGUACUGCCGGGACCUGCUGGCCCUUCAGCUCGCCGACUGGAACCGCAUGCAGACCGACUGCUACCUGCCCGAGGAGCGCCUGCGCAUCUUCGCUCUGCUCGCCGGGAAACCUGUGUGGCAGUCGUCUGAGUCUGUGGUGAACGUGUGCUCUGAGUUGGACUGGAAGCGCUGCGUGGCCGUCCACCUCUGGUUCAUGUUGCCUCCGACCGCUUCGGUGGCCGGCGCCCUCGCCAGAUAUGAGGCCGCCUUCCAGGGCUCGUGUGAGGGGGGGAAGUACGCCUGCGCCCCCCUGCCUCCGUACCUGGAGGCGGAGCAGCCGGACAUGGAGGAUGAAGAGGAGGAGGAGUCUAAACGGCCGCUGCACGACCUCUGCUUCCACCUGCUCAAACUGUACAGCGACAGACACUACAGCCUGCAGCAGCUGCUGGACCCUCUGACCGUCACCUGGGAGCGUCUGGACUACCGUCUGAGCUGGCACCUGUGGGGCGUCCUGCAGGCGCUGCACUACAGCCACCUGAGCGCCUCGCGCCAGGGCCUCCUCCACGCCAGCUACGCUGCGCAGCUGGAGAGCGCCGGCCUCUGGCACAUGGCCAUCUUCAUCCUGCUGCACAUCCCUGACCACACUCAGCGGGAGCGAGCGGUGAGGGAGAUGCUGACCCUCCACUGCCCCCUGCAGGAGACGGACGAGUCAGUCCGGAGGGAGCGCUUCCUCACCGAGAGGCUGCUGAUCCCGGAGCAGUGGAUCCACGAGGCCAAGGCCACCAGAGCCCGCCGCGACGCCGACCGACACCAGGAGGCCCUGCACCUGUACCGGGCCGGAUACUGGAGCCAGUGUCACCGGCUGCUGAUCCAACACCUGGCCUCAGAUUGCAUCAUCAACGACAACCACGACUACCUGCUGGAGUUCCUGGAGGGGCUGGCGGUCCCUGAACACAGCGCCACCAUCCAGGACUGGGACACCGCAGGGAGGGUUUACCUGGACUACAUCCGAGUCAUAAAGACCCUGCAGGACAUCCAGCAGAUGGAGAACGCCGGUUACGAGUUGGAGCGUCUCCACACCAACGUGACGUCUUUGUGCAGCAGAAUCGAGCUCCUGCCCUGCAGCACCGCCAGAGACCGCCUCGCCCAAUCAGAAAUGGCGAAGCGUGUGGCGAACAUCCUGCGCGCGGUGCUGAGCCUGCAGCAGGGCGACGCGGCGUCUGACUCCCUCAGCAUCCCGCUCGCCCAGCUGGCGCCGCACAUCGCCCGCCUGCCGAUGCCGGAGGAUUACACGCUGGAGGAGCUGCGAGGCCUCACGCAGUCGUACCUGCGGCAGCUCAUCGUCAGCCAAUGAGAGCGCAGGACAGUCGGGAGCUGCUCGAACAUCAUGAAAUCUGACGCAGAAAAGUUUUCCACAAAGAAAGAAAAGGAGCAAAAACAAACUUUUAAGGAGUCUUGAGUCGAGGAGGAAGAGGAAGAGGAAGAGAGCCGUUUGAGAACUUUAAUUUGGAGUUUAUUCUGUUUAAGUUUGUCCCGAAGAAAACAGGCACAAAGCUUCGCAAUGUCAUUCCUCCUCACCUGUGUGUGUGUGUGUGUGUGUGUGUGUCUGUCUGUGUGUGUGUGUGUGUGUGUGUCUGUGUGUUUGUGGUGUGUCUGUCCUGUGUGUGUGUGUGUUC